AGACGCCGCCGCCGCCGCAGCAGCAGCACAAGGGCAGACGCGGCGCGGGACUCCGGCCGGGGCGCGCGCUGCCCUCGCUUCUCGCCGCCGCGCAGGGGUCCCCGGUCACCUCCCUUGUGCUGUUCUUCCUGGAUGGAACAAGAAAAUAAACAGGGUGUGUGUGAAGCCCAGGACUCAGCAGACAAAGGGAUGGGCUCUGAUUUUGAGAACUCUGAAGACAGAGAACGGGACCCAGAAGAAAGCAGAAUGGGCUCCUACCCACAGGAUGCCAACAAGAGAGAAGGCCCCCCAGAGCAGGAGCUGGACUCCAACGCACAUGAUGAAGCUCUGGGAGGGGACCCAGAGGAGAGGGAACUGGUAUCUGACAUCUGCCCAGAGGAACUGCUGAGUGAGGAAGAAGGGGCUGCUCUCCGCGAAGAUGAUGAUUACCAGUCUGGCGUAGCCGAGAUGGCCAUGUUCCCGGGACUGUCGGAGUCCGACAGCAUUUCCCGGAGCCCCCGGGAAGAGGAGGAGGAGGAGAGCGCUGGGGAGAACCGGCUGGACGAAGAGGAGCAGCCGCCCCCUCCCAUGCUCCCCUGGAGGCGGCACCUCUCCCUGGGGAGUCGGCACCGGGGCGACAAGCCCGCCCACCGCCGCUUCCGCCGGCUCCAUCACCCCAUGGCCAUGGACCUCGGGGAGCUCGACAGCCUGAUGGCCAGCAUCAUGGACGCGCCCACCAUCUGCCCGGACUGUGGGGAGAGCUUCAGCCCGGGCGCCGCCUUCCUGCAGCACCAGCGCAUCCACCGCCUGGCGGAGGCCGCCGCCGCAGCCAGCCUGGAGCCCUUCGGCUUUGCGGGCGAGUGUGGCGCCAUGGUGGGCGUGGCGGGGGGCUUCGGGGCGGGGCCCGCGCUGGCCCGGCCCCCGCGCGAGAAGCCCUUCCGCUGCGGGGAGUGCGGCAAGGGCUUCAGCCGCAACACCUACCUGACCAACCACUUGCGCUUGCACACGGGCGAGCGGCCCAACCUGUGCGCUGACUGCGGCAAGAGCUUCAGCUGGCGCGCGGACCUGCUUAAGCACCGGCGCCUGCACACGGGCGAGAAGCCCUACCCGUGCCCCGAGUGCGGCGAGGCCUUCAGCCUCAGCUCACACCUGCUGAGCCACCGGCGGGCGCACGCGGCGGCCAGCGGCGCGGGGGCGGCGGCUCUGCGGCCCUUCGCCUGCGGCGAGUGCGGCAAGGGUUUUGUGCGCCGCUCGCACCUGGCCAACCACCAGCGCAUCCACACGGGCGAGAAGCCGCACGGCUGCGGCGAGUGUGGCAAGCGCUUCAGCUGGCGCUCGGACCUGGUGAAGCACCAGCGCGUGCACACGGGCGAGAAGCCCUACAUGUGCUCCGAGUGUGGUGAGACCUUCAGCGUCAGCUCACACCUCUUCACGCACAAGCGCACGCACUCGGGCGAGCGGCCCUACGUGUGUCGUGAGUGCGGCAAGGGCUUCGGGCGCAACUCGCACCUGGUGAACCACCUGCGCGUGCACACGGGCGAGAAGCCCUUCUGCUGCGGCCAGUGCGAGAAGCGCUUCAGCGACUUCUCGACGCUCACGCAGCACCAGCGCACGCACACGGGCGAGAAGCCCUACACGUGCAUCGAGUGCGGCAAGAGCUUCAUCCAGAGCUCGCACCUGAUCCGCCACCGCCGCAUCCACACUGGCAACAAGCCGCACAAGUGUGCGGGCUGUGGCAAGGGCUUCCGCUACAAAACGCACCUGGCACAGCACCAGAAGCUGCACCUGUGCUAGGGGCCGGGCCUCUGGGAGGCUGCCCCGGUGGGGAGCAUGUGUUGAGGAGCAGUUCUGGGGAUAGAGCUUGUGGAGAGAAAUGGGGAAGGGGCGGGAGGGACAAUCUGAGUGACCGGGGAGUCUUGGUGUUAUGGGGUUUUGAAGGGGAGGGUCGAGUUAGUGUGGUUUUUUUGGGGUGUUCUUUUUUGCCUGCCUCCCUAACGGGACGUGUUUGGGAGAUGUGCUUGAGCCAUGACGUCUUCAGAUACACGCAGUAGGGGUUGAAGAGCACGGAAGAGCAGGCACUUUGAGGACCUUGAAGAAGGGGGGGUAGGAGAAUGAACAGGAUGGCAGGCAGUAGAGUAGGUCGGGCUGUGGGGGCCUGUGGGCGUCGGGAGAGGCUCAUGGGGUAAAAUAAAAGGCGGGUAUGAAUCAUUCUGUCCUGGUCUCACCAGGUGUUAGGUUAACACUGUUUGCCCUGUCGCCUCACAUCAGCCAUAGUCUCAUGAAAAGUAGAGGAACCUUGUCCAUGCUAUGGGAGAAGAUAUUUAGUAUGUAUUCCCCUUCAUUUCUCUGAGCCACAGUUAGCUGCUAUUUUGAGGCAUCCAGGGGAAACUGGGCAGGAAAGCUUAUGCACUCUGAUUGCAAGGACAAAAUUGAAGUUUGGAAAUCCGUUCAUAACUGGCUUUAAGAUCACCUGGGAAAUCUUGGUUCUUCUCCCCCUGGUUCUUUGCCACUUCCUUUAAAGUAGUCUAGCUUCAUGCUGGGUCAGGGUGAUCUGUGUGGAUGGGAGGUGUUAGGUGUGUGCCAAGCCCGGUAUUUCAUGUCUCACUUGUGAUCUUCUAAGUGCAGGGGAAUGAAACAGUCCCAGCUAUGUGUGGCUUUCCCUUUUCCAGGUCAGCAUGUUGCUUGUUUGAAGUGAAUCUCCGAUCAGCAACCAUUGCCCCAGUGACCUACUACAAAAGUCAUCUAUCUCAGAGUUUUGCUGGCCUUAUGUGAGAAAUCCAGGAGAGCAAAUGUUCACAUGUUGGAGUGCAGAGCUUCUUUGUCUCAUUUGUCUUUGCUCUGUAUCCAUUGCCUCCCUCCCUCUUGGUAGUAAUGGGGGAGAUAAUCGAACAGCCACCUCCAUCCAUAUUGAUACGGGCUUUUGGUCUGAAUAGAGAUAUCUUUUAUGUACACAGGGAGGCACAGUAGAAAGCUCAAGGGUUUACACAAGGAAGGCCCAAGCAGGGAAAGGUGUUAAGUGCAAAAUUGCCAAAUAGCACAAGCAAUGAAUGUUUUCUGGUUGUUAUAUAAAUGCCAAAAUAGCACUUUUUUAUUUCUAAAGUGCUUUAUGCUUUUUAAUGACCGUUAAUUGUUUCUCACACCUUUGUGAGGUAGAUCAGUAUUAUGACCCCUGUCGUAGGGAAGACCCGAGGACAGGAGUACAGCAGGCUGUUUGGAAGACAGGCUGACGACCGUGGGGAUAGGUAUGGUCAAACCUUUUGUGUUCUCCUGUCAGCUGCUAGAAAGACUUAACCUGUCAUGAUUUAUAUAAUAAAAUGAAGACACUGAAAAUUCAUAAUGCUUCAUGGAAAACUUAAGGCUAGUCUAGAAGGGCCAAAGAUGUCCUUAUUGACAAAGCUGGUCUUUGUCACAUAAUUAGGGUAUCUUAGGAUUGUUCCAUUUCUAGUAGGGGGCUGUAGUUAGAUGACUCUUGUACAGAUUUCGGUUACCUGUACGGAAAAUUCCUCCCCCAGGUUAGCCUUUAGAAAUUAGAGUUGUGGAAAGCAGUCUUGUUUUCUUUACUAGUGAUUGUUAGUUGUUCUGUACUUUUCAUGGAAGCAUCUUCACAAACUGUUGGACACACUUGAAAGCAAAGAAGAAAAACUGCAAGAUUGUUUUUACAGUUUUAGCAAACUUUCUGUGGAUGCUGGUAAUUUAUACUUGAUCAAUUGUAUUUUAACAAAGAACCUCCUUGGGGACUGUAGGGAAGCAUGUUUUUGUCCUUAUAAAAACACCUUCCCAAAAGAAAAAAUCCUGAGAAUUCUGGGCUUGUACAAUGCCUGUUGAUCUUGCCCUCUUAAUCAGUUUAUUGUUAUUUACAAAUGCAAAUCGAUUUUCAAAAGAUAGAUAAUUUUGCAAGACACUAAUUCUUUAUUUUCUUUUAGUUGAGUAAUCUGAGCAAAAUCAAUGUCCAUUAUUUAUUCUGACUCUUUACCCUGAAUACUGUGUAUAGGACUCCUUUGAAAAUAAUAUAGCCAAUUUGUAGGUAACCUUAUUCCUUUGUGUGUGUUUUUUAUGCACAUCUACCUCUUCCAGCCAUUUUAUGUUCUCUCAAAUCUGUGCCUAUGAAAUCUCAUGCAAAUUUUGAUUAUCCACUUUAUGGGUUAUUUGGCCUUUGACUGCCAUUGUACUCUGUGUGGUCUUGUCUGCAGCAGCUAUGUUAUAUAUGGGCAGCUUUCAAGAAGGUUCAAGAGGGAAGGGACAUUGAAGCUCAUAUGAAAUAAUUUGGUGGCAGUGGAAAUGUUUGGGUUUCAUUGACCUCUCUUCUUUCAGGUACCAUGGGUAAGAGAGUCAGCUACCACUUCAGUAUCCCUUUGAGGAGCAGAUCCCUCAGCAGAAGAAAACAGCCCAACCACCAAAAUCCCCACUCUCAUGGUGCAUUUAAAAUGUGAUUCCAUUUUUCCUACACUUCUUCAGGGAUCAUAGCUGCAUUAAGUGAAUUUAAAUGCAGUCAGGAGGCUGGUUCUUGUAUCUAGUUCAAGAAUAAUAGUUUUUCUUCAGCAAGCCCCACUAACUGUGAUGCACCCUUAAAAAUGCUACUUUGAAGAUUCCUUCCGUCAACUCAUUCAUGCUGGUGGAGGCAAGUGUAUCAUUUGUUUCCUGGGGAGUUUGGUCAAGUGCAGGCUGCUCUUGGCUUAGCAGAAGCCAGAGCAGUUUCGGUAAGUUAAAUGGCUUGAUUUGAUCUUGAGCUCUGAGUUGGAAAGAGAAGAUGGGAAGUUAACCCCUUGAGCCAUGUGGUUUCUUCAGGAUCAAGAGGCUGUACAUAAUGUGAGAAAGUACAGAUGAAGAACCUGUGUUCAUAGACAAUCUGGACUGUGUUUCUGAAGUUUGCGCACAUUUCCCUUCAGUAUAAUGUUAUUUUACAGCUGUUUGUUAAAAUAGUGAAUAAUUUAAUGAUCCUAAAUGUAACAGGUUUUGUGUGAGUGUGUGCUUGUAUAUGUGAGAAUUGCUUUAUUUUCAGGUGGUUUUAUUUAAUGAUGGUUCCUCGGACAGCAUUCUGGUGUUCAGCAACCCAUAUGGAAUAUUUGUCAUUAAAUCCAUAUCAGUCUUUU